UACUACUCCCCCAACUCUCUAUAUCCUACUAACUACUGCAUUUUCUUCCUCACUACCUUCUCAACAAAAAUGUCUGGUGUUUGGGAGUUCAAAGGGGGUGUCAUUCGUAAUGUUCCGGAUCCGGAAGCUGAGUCAUCGGAUAGACGCUGGAGGGGGUCCCCUGCCCGAGGGAAGGUGCUGGUACACACUCCUACUAAUGAAAUCAUCACCUCCUAUGCUGUUCUUGAAAGCAAGCUGUCGCCUCUUGGUUGGGAGAGGUACUAUGAUGACCCUGACCUCUUUCAGUUCCACAAACGUUCUACUGUCCAUUUGAUCUCCCUCCCCAACGAUUUUAACAAGUUGAAGCCCAUGCACAUGUAUGACAUCGUGGUCAAAAAUCGUAACAUGUUCGAAGUUAGGGACAUGUAGUAAGGAUAAGUAUUAUGAGUGUGCAUGCCUGCGUGCGUGUUCUUUGUUGUUUAGUACUGUUUGGAUUUGAGUUUAAUUAAACAGGUCUUAUUUACUAGUUUGGUGAUUUUAGUAUACAUAAAUAUAUGGGUUUCGUAUUUUAAGUGGAGAUGUGGUUGGGGUAUAAUAUGAGACGUAGAUAUAAAGGAAGCCAAUGUAC